UCUGCAGUUCUGAAGAUCUUCUGAGCUUCAUCCACCUUGUGAUCCCUGACUGGCCUGUGUCCCCUGAUCACUGGAUCCCCUGCACCCCUGAUCACUGGAUCCCCUGUUCUCACUGAUCACUGGAUCCCCUGUUCUCCCUGAUCACUGGAUCCCCUGUUCUCCCUGAUCACUGGAUCCCCUGUUCUCCCUGAUCACUGGAUCCCCUGUUCUCCCUGAUCACUGGAUCCCUUGUUCUCCCUGAUCACUGGAUUCCCUGCACCCCCUGAUCACUGGAUUUACUGCACCUUUGAUCCCUGGAGCCCCUUCACUUCUGGGCACUGUAUUCCCUGCACCCUCUGAUCUCUGCAUCUCCUGCACUCCCUGAUCACUGUAUCCCCUGCACCCCCUGAUCUCUGCAUCUCCUGCACCCCCUGAUCUCUGCAUCUCCUGCACCCCCUGAUCUCUGCAUCUCCUGCACUCCCUGAUCACUGGUUCCCCUGCACCUCCUGAUCUCUGCAUCUCCUGCACCCCCUGAUCUCUGCAUCUCCGGCACCCCCUGAUCACUGGUUCCCCUGCACCUCCUGAUCUCUGCAUCUCCUAAGCUCCUCUCUCUCCUGCUCCAUGCCACCCUGAUCACUGGUUGCCCUGCACAAUCUCACCAGUGGAUCUUCCAUCACCCUGUGAUUCUCACCUCUCCUGAAACCCCUGAAAACGGAUUCUCCUUUCCUGUAUUACAUGGUUCUUGCUGCCUGCAUUGCCUUCUUCUGCUUGGUGCAACUCUGACUGCUUGCUGCCUGCACCCCCAACUACUGCCUUUCUUUCUCACUGCCAAUCCCCAGCACCCCAAACGCCUGCCUUCUUUGUACCCCCUCAUUACCCUCUUCUGAUCUUUAUCUGCCCUGCGCCUCCCUGAUAUCACCCCUAAGCCCCCGAACUUUUAUCUCCCCUGCACACCUGAUACCCCACAAUAUAAACCCUGCACCCUCUAAUCACUGUCUCCCUAUACCUUCUGAUCUCUCGUCUGCACCACCUGAUCUCCCCCUUGCCUCCCUUGAAUUAUCUCUCCUGCCACCCCGAUCUCUCGCCUCUGCACCCCGAUCUCUCCCUCCUGCACCCCUUGAUCUCUUUCCCUUGCCCCCCUCCCAAAUUUUUUCUCCCCUGCACUCCCUGAUUUAUCUCCCCUGCACCACCUGAUCUCUCUUUCUUGCACCUCUUGAUCUUUCUCUUGCCCGCCCCCCCUCCAAAAUGAUUUCUCCCUUGCACCCCCUAAUCUCACUCUCCUGCACCUCCUGAUCUGUCUCUCCUUUACCCUCUGAUGCACCCUCUGAUCUCUCUCUCUCCUGCACCCUCUUAUCUCUUUCACUCCCUUGCCCCCAAAAAUAUCUCUCCCUUCACCCCCUGAUUGCUCUUCACCCCUGCACACCCGGAUCUCUUUCCCCUAUACUCCCCGAUUUCUAACUCCCCUGCACCCUUCAUCUCUGUCCCCAGUUGGUACUGUGAGAAAUACCAGAGCAGCUUUCUCCCUCUCACCAUGACUGAGGCCGCAAGAUGACACAAUGACUGAAACUGUCGCCACUCGGAAGUCGCAGUGGGUGUCCUUUAAUGAUGACACCAAAUUACAAGGUGAUGAAAAGGAACACCAACCGAGCCGCCAAUCAACGGAGCAAGAGAAAGCUGCAGAGAUACAGAGUGGAGCUUCCGCUGGGACUGGUUCCUCCCACCUUCACCAAUCUGAUGGAGCAGACGGAUCUCCAAAGCCCAUAAGGACCGAUGUCUCAUCCUGGGUUCACUUUGAGGAGCCUCACCAUCCCCCUUCCCCGGGGAAAAGUAAGGCAGGCUCCCCUUCGAGAGUGUCGGAAUGGCGUUCCCCCGGUCGCAGCCCAUACAGACGCCCUGCGUUGCCAUCGCAGAGCAGCUCAGAGGCCAAUUAUGAAGACAGCGGUACGAGUAUGGGGCCCCCCUACACAGACAUUGCCAGCGAGGAUGCUUCAGGGACCGGCUCUGCAGAUAACUCUUCUCUCCAAGAUGAUGAUGAGCUAGACAUGGAGACCGUCGGUUGGCCAUCCAACACUUGUCCAGUUAAUGGUCACACCGGAACCACUUCUCGUUUUCCCAGUUGGGUCACUUUUGAAGAUGAAACUGCUCCAUCUUCCCCAAGGGACGUUCCUCAAAAACCACCAGAGAGCCCAAAAUCUCCUUCAACAACGGACUUUGUCUCUAAACCUGUUGGAGCCUUAAAAAAAAGGGAAAGGCCUAAGAGCUCAUUUGUUGACCUAAACAGGACACAAAGGCUUGACAUUUCAUCUUUGCACAGGCAGCUCUCGUUAAAUUCCACCCCAACAAAGGCUCCCAACCCGUUUUUAGAUGAGUCCCUGAAAGAUGUCCAGCCGUCACCAAUCAAUCCGUUCAGCUCGUGGUUUGAGGAGCAAGAACGGCGUUCUCAACACUCUUCGGUAUCCAGUGGCCCGGACUCAAGCCAAAGGAAUUCCAUUUCCCUUCUUGCUGAAGAACUCGAUACCGAUCAGUUUGAGGAUUACAGAAAGAAGGCUUUGCAAGCUGAUGCUGUAGAACAUCUCAAACAGAUUCAGAUUGAAGACCCAGAUUCCCCUGGUAGCCCCACUCUGCCAGACGACCCUCUGAAAUACGAUGAACCCCUUGGCCCUUGUUUGACUUUUACCAAGCCCCAGCCAAAGGAUGGCUGGCCAAUGAUGCUUAGGAUUCCGGAGAAAAAGAACAUUAUGUCCUCUAGGCACUGGGGCCCUAUCUACGUCAAAGUCACCGAAGCUGGGUUUCUGCAGCUCUUUUAUGAAAAGGGUUUGGAAAAGCCUUUUAGGGAAUUUAAAUUAGAAGUCAACCAUGAGAUUGCAGAUUCUAAACUUCAAAACUAUGAUGAAAAUGGCAGGAUUCACACUGUCCGUAUUGACCGGGUGCUGUACAAAGAGAAACGCAAGUACCAGCCAAUGCCUCUGGUCAGUCACACAGGGGAGAGAGAGCAGGUGGUCAAACUGGGGACAACAGACUAUUCAGACUUCAUAAGCAUGACCGCCUCUGUCCAGGAUGUCCUCUUCCGCCUUCCGGCCAUAGUAGACCUUAGCACUGUGCACCAAAAUUACAUAGAGGAGGAGAUCACUGUGGACGUGAAAGAUGAAUUCCGUGGAAUCCUUGGUAAGGGGGAAAGCCAGCUUCUCGAACACUCUGUGGUCACACGCGUCCAAGUUCUUAGCUUUAUCUCAGGUAUGGCGGACUGUAGCCUAGGGCUUAAUGACAUCCUUAUUAAAGGCAAUGAAGUUGUUUCCAGACAUGACAUUAUGCCAACCACUACCACCAAGUGGGUGAGACUCCAUGAUUGCCAAUUCCACUCGUCUGUAGAUGAGGAAGCAUUUCCCAGCUCCAGAAUGGUGAUGUUCACCCCGUUGGAUGCCUGUAGGUUUGAACUAAUGAGGGUAAGGACAAUAUUUUCUGAAAAGACUUUGCCUUUCACGCUCAGGACCAUGGCUUGCAUUCGUGGGGCCGAGGUUGAGCUACAGAGUUGGUUGGUCAUGUCUUCGGGCUUCUCCUCCAACAGAGACAGUCUGUCGCAGGUCCCUUGUGAGAACAUCACUAUUCGGCACCCAGUACCACCAGAGUGGGUGAACUAUUUCCGGAGAGACAGUGUAUUGGGAGAGAAGUCCUUGAAGGCGAAAGUCAACAGGGAGGCCAGCUUCGGUUCUCCAAGCUUAUCUGGGACAGAGCCAGCCAUGAGAGUAACACUGGGAACAGCCAAGUACGAACAUGCCUAUAGCGCCAUCGUGUGGAGGAUAAACAGACUGCCAGAUAAGAACUCAGGAUCGGGUCAUCCCCACUGCUUCUACUGCCGCCUGGAGCUCGGAUCUGACCGGGAAGUGCCACGGACCUUUGCAAAACACGUGGAGGUAGAAUACCACAUGCCAGCAGCCUCGGCAUCAAAGAUCGCUGUGCGUUCCAUCUCUGUGGAGGACAGGACAGAAAUCAAAAAGUGGGUGAAUUAUUCCGCCCAUUAUCUCUACAAGGUGGAGAUUGAACAGAAGAAGACGUUGAACCCAGACAUGGACAGUGAAAUGGUAGACAACCCUCUGGAAUGUGUCACUCAGUAAAUUUUCUGGGAACUAAUAAACAGAGGAUGAACCUGGUCAUCAUGACUUCCGACCACACACACCAGACUUGCCAGGCAGUGAUGGAACAAAUACUUCCUAUAGCUGGAUUUACAAAUAUGGUGACAUUUUGUUGGUGGCCUUUUCUCUGGACUUCUACCCCGGGAUCAUUGUGGAUGAAACAUUAGAAGUCUAGUUUUUGGGAUUCUACAUGAUGGCGGAGGUGGACCACAUCUCCGUUCUACCACCACAGACUGUGGUCUAGGUUCUCCAUGAAGGUUCCUGCGGUGUUGGUUGUCUGAUAUGAAGUCAGUCUUCGAUCACCUCUUUUACCAUUUCCAAAGUUCGGACCAUUUCACAACCUGUUCUCGGCACAGUGCGGACAUUUUAUCUGUGAAUGCACAGAAAACAAACCUUCAAGGACAAUUAAAUGACAUCCUGCGUCGGAAAACACAGGGAAAGAUUUUUUUUUUUUUUCUUGUAGAAUCAAUUUGCACAGAAGUUUUUUCAUAUUUUAUUAGGGAAUAUUUAGGGAUUUGCAGUAAAGGGCUGAAUUAUCUCUUGA